UAAACACAAGACAAACAAAAGAAGGGAUCCGGAAACUGACUGUAGUAGAGAGACAAGGAGAGCUGGUCAGAUAAAUGACCAGGAGGCUGAAAAAGAGACAAAAUGACAGGUCAAGAUUCAGCAACAGAUAGGAGGAGGAGUGCACAAACUUGAAAAAGAGGAGGAGUCUGGUCUGAAAGGAAGCUAAAAAGAGUGGAGCGCGAAAAGGAGACCUUCAAAACAGAGUGAUCCUUUCUGAGUGCCCACUGACAAAGAUCUGGAAUAACCUGGAGUCUGGCAAAGAGGACCUCAACCAAAAAAAUAUUCAUCACUGAAGGAAUUACCGAAAAUAUAAACACACGGAACUGUGCAAAGGCACCAAGGAGACCAGAAGACAAUCAAACAUUAUUAAAACCAGAAAGAAGACGUGGAGAUACCACCCACAGAGAGAGACUGACAAUACCACACACAGGGUUUAUCAAAGGUAAUCACACCACAACUGAGCAACAGACACUAACCAUCAACAAACACGCACACACGCAUUCAUUUAUGGAAUACACACCCACAUUGUGAUUGUAACACAUAGGCUGAACAUCUCGAGCUUAGAGAGUUUAGACUGUAGUCAGGAGGCAUACAGAAUCUUGGCUGUCAAAGGGAACGGAUUGACUGUGAAUGGGUAGAAGCAUGGUGAGGCCCUGCGCACAACUCUCUUGGCACUCUGAACACUCUAUCCACCAAAAUAUGAACUGAUCUAAGAACCGAUUUCUUCUCCAUGUCAGAAAUCACCUGGGAAUUAAAGUAUAACAUUAGUAGAUCACAGACCAAAUCAUCUUUUUCAAAAUCCAGAGCCACCAUUAGAGGAUUCUUCCUAAAGAGUAUUUAUGCUUUGAAGAAGCAGCACUCUGAUUUCUCACCUCCACUCUUGGAUAUCCUUCUGAACUAAGGAUCGAUUCCAUCGUGUUACCUACAGGACUUCUGGUCACCUCUCUGUGUUGGAAUGGAAAUUGUGCACUGAGCUGCUAAGAAGGAGUUGAGUGAGUUAGAAGUUCACCUACACUGCAGCAUGAAGCUCAGGAAUGGGGCAAGAGGGGCACUACUGGCCUUGCUGCUGAGUUUACUGCUGUCUACCUGCACCACACAAGAGAGUGAGGAGAGUCUGGAGAUCCAAGAGGAAAACAAUACAGUCAGCACCGAGAGCCCUGAUACUGUAUCUUCUGACAUAACCAACGUGAGUCCCCACAGGACAUGGAUAGUCUUUAGGGACAACUCCAACAAGGGUGGAAAUAAGAAAUCAAAAGGAAAUAAAAAACUCUCCAAGCAUGGCCUCCCAGGUCCACCAGGCCCUCCUGGUCCCCAGGGGCCUCCUGGUCCUCCGGGCCCUCUACUGCCUCAUCAUUCAGAGUUGAUAGAGGACUUCCAAGUAAAACUGAAAGAUAUGGUAGGAAGUCACUGCCUGCUCUGCGAUCAAACCCCUCGUGUGACCACAGCUUUCCGUUGCCGACUGCACCACAACCUGAUGGUCCACCGGCGGAGUCUGCAGGAGCUCCAGCCCUUCAAUACUCCCUCAAACACAGAGCAAUUCCAUCAGAGGGGACAGGGCUUUAACGCCAGCAGUGGCCGGUACACAGCUCCAGUGUCUGGCUUCUACCAGCUUACAGCUAGUCUACUACUGGAAUCCAACGAGUCUCAGAAAAAGCCUCAUGCAAGGCAGAGGGACAGUGUUAAGGCCUCAAUAUGUAUAGAGUCUCUUUGUCAAAGUAAUGUGUCUUUGGAGACAGUGACUGGAGUGAGCUCUACAGGAGGAGUAUUCAGCGUUCUCCUGACCGGGACUCUUUACCUACAGGUUGGAGAGUAUGUAUCUAUUCUUAUUGACAAUGGGACAGGCUCAGCCCUGACAAUUCUCCAAGACAGUCUAUUUUCUGGCAUUCUUAUUGGAGUAUGAGGACACAAGCAAAACCCAAACCAAUGACUACAAAGAAGCCCAUUUUUACAGUAUUGACGAAAUACAUAUCAUUAUUAGGUAAGGUAUUCAGGACAUAUUAGAAUAAUAAUUUCAUAAAAAGGAGGACUCUUUUCAAGCAUCUAAAAGAGACUCUGCAUAUCACCACCGUUGCAAAGGGCAGCAGGAUUGCACUGCUAUUUCUUUCCAAAAUAAUAGCAACAUUUAAACUCUGUUUAUAGAGGUGUAUGUAUUUUUUCCAUGUGGUAUGUGUAUACAUUCCAUUCUUAACAGGGCUGAAGUUUUAUUUAUUUGUAUUUGCUUUUUGAAAGGAAAUUGAUAUUUGUGUAUAUUUGCAAUAAAAUGCUUCCAUAACUGCUGAAA